AUGCACAAAGGCAUGACAAUGGUCCCUGUUGGACGUUGGUCCACUCUCGCCAGAACAGUGGCACCUGGUGCCUUCCGACGCUUUCACUCGCAAGACUCCGCGCGUUUCGUGGAUGCCUUGUGUGAACGACGAGUUCUCUUCGUAUCGGGAAGCAAUGCCCGGGGCCGGGCCUCUGUGGCAGCUGCUGCCGCACUAGCACGUGCAUGCAACCAGGGGCCUUCCUUGCUGGUGGAUGCUGAUGACCCUGUUCACGGUAUGGCAGACGUGCUUGGUGAGCAUGAGCUCCCAAGCGAUGGGCGGAGCCUGCUGUGGCUGGAGGCUCCAGUUCAAAAGGAACAGCAGGUGUGCCAGGCCUCCAUUGCUGCGGCACAGCUGUGUGCUUGGACCACACGCGAGUUUCUGGAGGAACUUCUAGCAGCAAAGCGCUGGCGGGCCUUGUUGGAGGAUGGCACUGGUGCACGGCUUGUUGCAGCGAUGGGCAUGCCGAUGCAAGAGUUGCUGGGUGUUCUGGAUUGUGUCCAGCCACCCCCCGGGGCAGAGAUGCCUGUUGCACUGGCCCAGCUUUUGCAAAGCUCAAAGGAACCGAUGCGUGCCGUAGUGGAUGCAGGAGCACCUGCCCUUGCAGUGCAACUGCAAAGUGUGCCUCCCGCUGUGGCCGAAGGUCUGGGCGGAGUUCUCCGUCUCCAGGAGUUGGUGAAAGCUGCGAAGCAAGCGGCGGUACCUUCGGCGGUGUCUUCUGGCCUCCAGAUGCUUAUCGGCAGCUCUCCCGAUCGAGAGGAUUGGCGGGACCACUUCAAGGUGACCAUGGCGGGGCUCCAGCAGCUGCGCCAGGACAUGGCUGCGCUCGCCGAGGCCGACACUGGCGUGCUCCUCGUGGUGCAUUGGCCCGGACCAGGCGAGCGCGCAGCCCAAAGAGUCGUGGACCGCCUCAGUCCCGUCUGUGCAGUCCUCGUUGGUUUCCCGGGAGACGUCCCAUUCCCAUUUCCAAAGUGGUUGUCUGGCAUUCCAACCGUCUCGCUCCCGGCCUUCGAGGAGAUGUCUCCUGGACUUGGUGGCCUGCGCAAGCUGUCUGAAGCCAUGCUGCGCACGUAG